UUGACUGUGGUCAACUAAUCCAAGUGUCAGUGUAGAGACCCACACAACAGCAGGUCGCGACGUCUCUGUCAACUCCAGGAGUAAAAACCAGGAUCUGGACCCAGGCUUCAGGAAGACUGAGACCAUCCACGGGGACUCUUUGUGAAAUUAAACCUUUUAUUUUCUUCUCCGGAAGGCGACAAGUGGCACUUUGGAACGCAGAGAGGAGAAAAGGAUUUGUGGAGAAUAUUAAAGGCUUUCCUGUUUCCCAAGUCUCCGCUGCUCACCUGAACAUGGCUUCAACGACCUGUACGCGGUUCACCGAUGAGUACCAGCUGUACGAGGAGCUGGGGAAGGGAGCUUUCUCUGUGGUGAGACGCUGCAUGAAGAUCUCCACGGGGCAGGAAUACGCCGCCAAAAUAAUCAACACCAAGAAGCUGUCGGCUCGAGAUCACCAGAAACUGGAGCGAGAGGCCAGGAUCUGCCGCCUCCUCAAGCAUGCCAACAUCGUGCGGCUUCACGACAGCAUAUCAGAGGAAGGAUUCCACUAUCUGGUCUUUGACUUAGUGACCGGUGGUGAGUUGUUUGAGGAUAUUGUGGCCAGGGAGUAUUACAGUGAAGCCGAUGCCAGUCAUUGCAUUCAGCAGAUCCUAGAGGCCGUGCUCCACUGCCACCAGAUGGGCGUGGUCCACCGCGACCUCAAGCCGGAGAAUUUGCUCCUCGCGAGCAAGUUGAAGGGAGCAGCAGUUAAACUGGCAGAUUUUGGCCUGGCUAUUGAAGUGCAGGGAGACCAGCAGGCAUGGUUCGGUUUUGCUGGGACACCAGGGUACCUGUCCCCAGAGGUGCUGAGGAAAGAUCCCUACGGCAAACCAGUGGACAUGUGGGCCUGCGGUGUGAUCCUCUACAUCCUCCUGGUGGGAUAUCCUCCAUUCUGGGACGAGGACCAGCACAGACUCUACCAGCAGAUUAAAGCUGGGGCUUAUGACUUCCCAUCCCCUGAGUGGGACACGGUGACUCCAGAGGCCAAAGACUUGAUCAAUAAGAUGCUGACCAUCAAUCCAGCCAAGAGAGUGACGGCUACAGAUGCACUCAAACACCCCUGGAUCUGUCAACGCUCCACUGUGGCGUCCAUGAUGCACAGACAGGAGACUGUUGAGUGCCUGAAGAAAUUCAACGCUAGGAGGAAACUAAAGGGUGCUAUCCUGACCACCAUGCUCGCCACUCGCAACUUCUCAGCAGCCAAAAGUUUGCUGAACAAGAAACCAGAUGGUGUCAAAGAGUCCAGUGAGAGUGCCAACACCACCAUCGAGGAUGAGGACGUUAGAGCUCGCAAACAGGAGAUCAUUAAAGUGACUGAGCAGCUGAUUGAGGCCAUCAACAACGGAGACUUUGAGGCCUACACGAAGAUAUGUGAUCCCGGCCUCACGUCCUUUGAGCCUGAAGCGUUGGGCAACCUGGUCGAGGGCACCGACUUCCAUCGCUUCUACUUUGAGAACGCUCUUGCCAAAACGAAGCUGCCCAUCCACACCAUCCUGCUCAACCCCCACGUGCACCUGAUCGGGGAUGAGGCCGCCUGCAUCGCCUACAUCCGCCUCACCCAGUACAUCGACAGAGAGGGCAUGCCUCGCACCAUGCAGUCAGAGGAGACCCGCAUCUGGCACCGCCGAGACAGCAAGUGGCAGAACAUCCACUUCCACCGCUCUGGCUCGCCCACUGUGCCCACCAAUUAAGAGGACGAUUUUUGACAACAAACACCCUCCAGCCUACAGCAGCCAGCUGAACAGACCCCGCCUAACAAGUGUCCAACAGAUCCUUCAGCCAAUCCCUGCCCCUUCAUAGCUAGAGCUCCGCCCACUCAGUGUGUUGUUUACAUAUUGUCGCUGCUGGACUGAAGAUUAUUGUACAUGUUUGGGACAUUAAAAAAACCUUUAAACAGAGGAGUCACAGUCUAGAUGAUAUCAUUUUACAGUGCGAGUGUGUGGUGUUCAUCACGAGAUAAUAUCAGCAGCAUGUUUUUUAGAUCAGUAACUUUGAGGAGCCAUCAUUUUGAACAGGCUGGUGAAAUAUGUGAAACUCCAGUCCUCAUGUAGUGGCAGUUUUUCAUUUGAAUAUUGCACAUGUGAUGUUUUUUUGACCAAUAUAUCACAUAUCUGCUUUUUACUCAUGUAUCUUUCCAGAAUGGCAAUCUAUUGAAGCUCAGGCAUAGGCUUGCUUUUGUUUUGGUGAUGUAUAGAUUUUGGUAAUUGAUGUGAAUCACUCUCCAUCUUUAGCAGCGACCAUAUGAGCUUAAGUUUACUAGUUUUAAAAAUCUGUUUUCUGGCACCAAAUAUGUUUACUAGGAGUUUUAACUACAUGUUUAAAAGGGAAACAUAUUUUACUUUCUUUGUGUCGACCUCCAUAAUCACAGUUUUUUGCUAGAAUGUAAACUUUAGAGAAACAAAGUCUUUAAGGCCAUUCUGUGAUUCCUUCCAGUCGAAUCAUAUUUAUACAGUAAGGAGUUAAUUAUGUGAAUUUUAUCAAUUGUUCUGUUUUGUUGUGUUUACUUUUUAUAUCGUGAUAUGAUGCUUGUACCUUAACAUGAUAAUUAUUGCUUUCCUUGAAUCCCUUUGAGCCCUGAUUGGUGAUAUUAUCCCUUAUUUUCUGCUUGACUCGUGUACGCCUAUGUUUUACAGCACCAUGUUUAAGAGCACCAGGGCCCAGUUAUUCUAAAGGCUCAAUCUUGAUUUUUAAACAAGUCUGAUUUGGGAGUACAGUUUCGGAUGCCAACCUCCUGUGUAGCCAGCGAUUAGCGUUAAAUUACCUCCGGCCAAGACUUCUGUUUCUGUGCAGUGUUUACGUCUGCAGUGGAAACACCAUAAUUUCUUAGUUCUCUAUAAUCCCAAAUGUUACAAGGUACCACCCAUUGAUCUGUUUGUGGUGAGUCUCAGUUUCAUUGUAAGUAGUAAGUUACACAGAGGCUUCACUCUCGCUCACUUUAAGAGACAUGAGCCUGAAAAGUAACAGAUUCUCUUCUGUUUUUCUCAAAAUUAAUUGUUUGCCGAAACAAAAAUAUGAUUUGUGAAAAUACAAACUUCAUCAGGUUGGAUCAAUUAUUUCUGAUGCAUUCCAGAAAGUCAGGAAAUCUGAACUCUUGAGUGUCUUUCAUAACACCAGGAUGUGUCGCUCAACUUGGAAAGCUUGAUCUAGAAAGGAUCAGAUCACCCCCAAUGGGAGCUUGGAUAUCAUACUUGUGGAGUGGGUUCUGCCUGGUUUUGCUCUCCAUACGGACCAUUUUUCCCACGAAGACUAAAGCCUGCUGGUAUUAACAAACUUGAACUCAAGAUUACCAGUACUCUAAGUGGGACUAGAUAUUUCAUACUUUGUCCCCAGGGGGCGCCAUAUCCACCCAAACUGGCAAGUCCUCAUAGCCGUGUCAAAUAACAUAUUUAAUGUUUGGUAUUGAUCUAUCUGGUGAAACAUUUUAUGGAGACAAAUCCUGAUACCAACCUUUAUUAACCCCAUCAGAUGAAUUACUGGAAUAACUGGGCCCUGGUUUUACACUGGACGAGACUUCAGAGUAGAAGCAUGACACUGACAGGAAUGCCAAAUUCUGCCUAAACUUCAGUGCUGUGAAAUCAGCACCAUGAUUCAUGUUGUGUUAAUUCAGAGUCACUGUUCAAUUAAAGGUUGGGAGGGGGAGGGUUUUGUUUGCAUCACUUAAAAUCAUAUUUUAAAACAGUUGAGAUUAAGAAGUUUAUAAAGUUUAUGAAAAUAAUGGAAAUUUAAUAACAUUAUAAAAAGCCGUCACAGGGUGUACGGAGAUUGUUUGGCUCAUAUUAAAAAUGUUCAUAUCUCAUUAAGCCGCAUUGAUGGGACACUGCUAUAUAAUGUCACCCUGAUGGGACAAGCCUGAUGUAUGUUUAAGAAAUAUCAAAUAAAAUGUGUGAUUUAUGCCAAAUAA